AUGGGUGACGCUACCAUCGAGGGAUCCAAGUGGCGCCUGGUCGAGGUCGGCCGCGUCGUCCUCAUUGAGGGCAACCACCCGUACGCGGGCCGCCUCGCCGCUAUCGUCGAGAUCAUCGACCACAAGCGCGUUCUGGUCGACGGACCCUCUUCAGACCCCGAGCUCGCUGUUCCCCGCCAAGCGCUUCCUCUCUCCGCCGCCCUUCUCUCUUCCCUGGUUGUCGCCAAGCUCCCCCGCGGCGCCCGCCACGGCACCCUGAAGAAGGCCUGGGAGGCUUCCGAGAUCGACAAGAAGUGGAAGGAGACCAGCUGGUUCAAGCGCCGCACUCAGAUCGAGCGGAGGAAGAACCUGACCGACUUCGACCGCUUCAAGGUUCUCCGCCUCAAGAAGCAGCGCCGCUUCGAGGAGCGCAAGUCUCUCGCCAAGGUCAAGGCUGCGGCAUAA